AUGGAUCGUUCAAAUUCAAUACCUCAUUCAAAUUCAUAAAGGUAUAUACCUUAAUCUUAACCAUCAUUGUACAGAUAAACAGUUGCUCCACCAGAGUUCUCAAACUCUUAAGUUAAAUUUAUGAAUGAUUUAAUUCUUUAAUAACCUCCUAGUUAACGAUAAGCUUUAAAUAAACAAUUAGAAUAACUUAAACCUGAAGAAAUUAGAGAAAUUUAAUCAAAAUUAGAAAAUGGAGAAGUAUUACAUGGAUUACCAUAAUUACCUGAAGGAGCUAAUAUGACUCAUAAAUUUAUAGUUAAAGUUAGAAAACAUAAUCAACCAAAUUAAUAUCAAUAACCUCCUAUUUUAUAACCAUCUUAAUCUCCAUAACCUAAAAACAUCAUAUCAUCAUGUCCAGAUUGUAUUAACCAUCUUAAAAAAGUAUACUGUUAAAUAUUUUUAAAUAGUUAAAAGAAUAAGAUUAAAGAAUAGAAUCACUAUUAAUUGAAAUGAAUAGAAUGAGUUAAUUCUUAAUUGAUAAAGGUAAAGAAAUCGAUCUAUGGAAACUAUAAUAUCGAUAAAUACAAAAUGUAAACUAAAAUUAUUACUUAUCUAUAGGAACUAUCAAAACCUAAACCUUUUAAUAAUCAAGAUUAAAUUGAAAUUGAAGAUCUUAAAAGAAAACUUCAUUAAAAAGAAUAUGAAAAUCAAUUACAAGAAACUACAAUUAAAUAAUUAAAAGAAAACUAAAAUUAAAAUUAAAAUUAAAACUAAAAUGAUGAAGAUUUUGAAUUGAGAGCUCCAAAUAAUGAUUAAGAUAUUGAUUAAUUAUAAAAAUAACUAUUUGAUGCUUUAUAGGAUAAUGAAAUACUUAAAUAAGAUAAUGAUAGACUUACUUCUAAACUUGAAAAAUUACAAAAUGAAUUUAACAAUAAGAAAAGUGAAAUUAAAACCAUCUAUAAACCAGAUCUUGAUACUGAUAAAUAACUAAAAGAAUUAUAAUAGAAAUAUUCCAUGUUAUAAUCUUAAUUUUAUAUUUUAUAAGAAAAGUCUUAAAAUUCUCAAAAAGAAAUUCAAUAUGAAACCAAAGUUAUCUAUCAAUCAGAUCCUGAUAUUGAAAAAAAACUCUAAGAAUUAUAAUCCAGAUAUACCCUCCUAUAAUCAUAGUUUUAUUCAUUAUAAGAAACUAGUAAGAUUAUGCAAAAAGAAAUAUCAUAUGAAAACAAAAUCAUCUAUUAAAAUGAUCCAGAAACAGAAUUAUUACUUUAAAAGAAGAACAAAUAAUAUGAUGAAUUAAAUACUAGAUAUUAAUUAAUUUAAGAUUAGUUAUAAAUUUAUUAAGAAAAGCUUAAACAAUAGACUAUGUUUGAAACUAAAACUAUUUAUAAAACAGAUCCAGAAAUUGAAAGACAAUUAUAAUUCAAAAUAGAUUAAUAUAAUUAAUUACAAUCUAGAUUUAAUCAAUUAUAAUCUCAAUAUUUCCAUCUUGAACAAAAAUCUCAAGUUGUUUAAAAGGAAUUUAUAAUUGAUCCUGAACUUGAAAGACUCUUAAAAGUUAAAUCAUAAUAAUUGGAAACUAUGACAACUAAAUGCACUUUUUUAUAAGAAUAAAUAGAAAAACUAUAAAUUUAAAUUGAAACUUAUCAAACUAAAAUUUAUCAAUCUGAAAUUAGAAAAUCAGAUACUGAGAAUUAUUUAUUAUAAAUUGAAUCAUUAGAGGAAUAAUUAAGAAGAUAAAAUGCAGAAAUAGAAUUGUAGAAUAGAAAAAUUUAUUAAUUUGAAUUAAAUAAUGAAUAAGAAUAAAUUAUUAAAAAAUAAUUUAAUGAUGUUAAGGCAUUAUAUGAAUAAGAACUAUCAUUAAAUGAAUAAUUAAAAAGAAAAAUAGAAGAAUUGAAAAUCUUUAAGUAAUAAGUUGAUACAUUAUAAUUGAGAAUCUAAGAACUUGAAUAAAUUUUAUUUUAAAAAGAAGAUAGAAUCAAAUAAUUAUCUUUAGAAUCAAAUUAAUAAAAAUCUGAAAUCGCAAAUUGGUAAUAAAGAAUAUCAGCAGUUUCAAUUAAUAUGGAAAAUAGUAAUAAUUUGAAAGAAUAAAUUUAAAUGUGGAAAGAUAAAUAUGAAAAAUUAGAAGAAAAAUAAAACCUUAUAAUCGAUUAAGAAAUUAACUAAUACAAACUUAAAUAUGAAUAAAUGGAGCAACGUUAUUUAUCAUUAUAAUAGAGUUAUGAGACAAUCUAAAUAACUUUAAGGGAUUAUAAAGAUAAUGAAUAAAAUGAAGUGUUUAAAAUGGAAAUAAAGAGAUUGUAAAAAACUGUAAUUGAAUUGAGAAGUGAAAUUGAUAGACUAUUAGUUCAGGCAUCAGAUAAUUAAUGGUUAUAAAAAAGAUAUGAAGAAUAGUAACUAUUAAUAGAAAACUAUAAAACUUAAAUUGAAUAAAAAUAACAAAUAUAAAAAGAAUACAUUUAUCACAUUGAUAAAUCAGAAAUUAAAAAUUAAAGAUUCAUAGAUUAAUAAUCACUUUAAUAAAUCAAUAUAGAUUAAUAAUUGAUAAAUCCAUCAUCUAAUCUAUAAUAAAUGAAAAUUUAAGAGGUUAAUCCUAAUUAAACAAGAAUGUCAGAGUAUAAUCAUUUUUCUUCUAGGCCUAUUGAAUUGAAUAAUUCUAAAUUUACAACAUCUUAUUCAUAAACUUAGUUUUUACAGCCAUCUAUUAAUAUAAAUGAUAUACAAAAAGUAAAUUUUUUACUAUUAUUAUUAGUAGAAUAAAGUAGAUGAGGGGUUUAAUAUCCAAAAAUGGAACAAUAAUUAUGAAUUAGUUGUAGAAGAAGUAAAAAAAACAGAUAAAUAUAAUUGA